AUGAAGCUGUCCUUGUCCCUACAGUUGCUGGUCGUGGCAGUCUCUGCCCUCACAACAAGGGUGCCCAACGUCGCCGAUGAAAUUAAAGCCCGCCUCUCACCAUCGUCCUCGGUGGCGGUUGACCUUCGGGCAAGAUGGAGUGCCUUCAAUGCGCCGGUCCCGGCCAUCGUGGUUAAUGUGACUACAGAGAAGGACGUUGCCGCUGUGGUUAAGUACUGCACCAAGCGUAGCAUCCCGUUCACCGCCCAGAACGGCGGCAACGGCUGGGGGAAGACCUUCAACCUUGGCACCAACGGCGUCCUCAUCAACCUGGCUGGCUUAAACGCUGUGACCUUCAGCAAAAGCAAGACAGAGGCAACCAUUGGCGGCGGUGUCAUCAUCGGCGAUGCGAUCAAAGCAGCGAAUGCUGCCGGAGUCCUGGUCCCUACCGGCAACUGCAACUGCGUGGGCACCCUUGGCGCCAUCCUCGGCGGUGGUUACGGUAGUCUCAUGGGCGAAGUGGGCUUCGGAGUCGACAACGUGCUCUCGAUGCGCGUCGUCAUCGCAAGCGGAGAGUUCUUCACUGUCUCGCCGACUUCCUGCCCUGACCUCUUCUGGGCUUUUCGUGGUGCCGGCCCCAACUUUGGCAUUGUCACAUCCGCCACGGUCAGAGCCUUACCCACGUCGACCCAGGAGCGUACCGCAUGGACCAUGAACCUGGUCUUCUCGCCAGGACAGCUCACGCAGGUCGCACAAGCGAUCCAGGACCUGCCCCUGAAGCCCGAACAGUUUGUCUUCCUCAUCCUCACGAACACGGGCCCACCAUCCAACGCGCCCGCUGUUGUCGUCACGGGAUUCCUUAGGAAGGGCACAGAGGAGACCGGCCGCGCCGCCUUCGCGCCGCUGUACGCCCUCGGCCCGACUGCCAACAGCAGCGGCGUGGCCGGGUACGAGGCCUGGAACACGGCCAACGAUGCGUUUUGCGCGCGCGGCGACAGGAAGCCGGGGUUCAGCACGACCAUCAACCACAUGCAGCCCGAGAAGUGGCCGGCGAUCUGGGACAUGUACACCAAGUUCCAGGCAAAGGCGCCGAACUCGGCCAUGCUCAUCGAGCGCUACAAUCUGACAAAGGCCCGGGCCGCCCCCAAGGGCUCGGCGGCCCUGCAGGAGGCUCUGAGGAGGGACGCCUUUGCGCAGGCGAUUGUGAUCCCGUGGUACACGGACGCUGCGCUGGACGCGGAGGCGCUGGAUUUCGGGCGCAAGGUGCGAGAUAUUUGGAGUUACACCGAGACGGCGACGAAGAACCCUACGUACGUCAACUUCGCCCACGGAGACGAGAUGGCCGAGGCGAUUUACGGGUCGAGCCUAUCCAAGUUGCGGCAGCUGAAGAAGACGUGGGAUCCUUUGGGCGUGUUUAAUCAGUGGUUCAAGGUCGGGGCAUAG